GUGAUCACAAUACACGGUGUCCAGAUCCCUCUGGCCGGCCACAUUGGUCUGUGGAUCGAGGGUUUACUUCACCAGGACUCGAGAGCGGCAGCAUGCCGGCCCCCUGGUGCGGCAAGGUGGGGGCAGGGGCCAUCGUGGCCGCCACGCUCAACCCCUGCAUCUUCAACACCGCCGCCUCGCUGCUGCUGGCGUUGGCGGCGGCGGCGGCGGCGCUCCUGCAUGGCAGCGCGGCGCGCCGCCUGUCGGCCGCCGCCGCGGGGCGCCCCUACCUGCUGCCACGCCCCGGCGCCGCGGUGGCGCACGCCCAGGUGGCGGCGGCGGGUGUGCUGCUUGCGCUGCACGGCUUUGCGCUGGUGUGGGCCACCAGCCAGGUGCCGCAGCCGCCGUAUGUCGUGUUCAGUGAGGCGUUGCUUCUCACCGCCUGGUCGAUGUUCAUGGGCCUGCUGUACUACUGCCGCCGCCUGGGCGUGAUGCCGCGCCUGAAGGCGCUGCUGUGGGGCGCCGCCGUUCUGUACACGUUUGGGCUGUACAGCGAGGUGCAGUUCUAUGUGCAUGGCCUCGGCCUGGAUCCUUCCGAGCGGCGCUUCCGCCUGACGGCCGCCCUUGUGAUGGAGGCAGCGUUGCUGCUGCUGCUGGGUUCAGAGUACCGCAAGCCGGGCCCCAGCUCUGCUGAGGAGGAUCUGGAGCGCGAGGCGCUGCUGGGGGGCGGGGAGGAGGAGGAUGUGGAGCAGGGGAAGAAGAAGCGCAAGCACAGCUGGGUGUCGCUGGUGGGGAUCGCCGCCAAAUACAUGUGGCCGACCGACAGCCUGGCGCUGCAGAUCCGCGCCUGGGUGUGCGUGCUGCUGAUCGUGAUGCUGCGCCUGCUCAAUCUGGCGGUACCAAUCCUGUACAAGAAGGUGGUGGAUGAGUUCUCGUACGCCUCUGCCCGCACCCACCCCACCCAGGGCGCCCCCACCACCUUCAAGUUUGGAGAGGUCUUCCUGCCCUGGGUGCUGGCCUACAUGGUCGCCUACUUCUUCCAGGGCGGCUCCGGCGGCGGCGCCGUGGGCCUCGUCUCCAACCUGCGCUCCUACCUGUGGAUCCCCAUCAGCCAGAACUCGUACAGGCGCGCCACCCUGGACAUCUUCUCCCACGUGCUGGGCAUGGACCUCAACUUUCACCUGCACCGCAAGACCGGGGAGCUGCUGCGCGUGAUGGACAGGGGCACCAGCUCCAUCCAGACCAUGCUGUCAACCGUCGUGUUCCAGAUCGGCCCCGCCAUCUUCGACAUCGCCGCCGCCUCCGUCUACAUCGCCCUCAAGCUGCAGCCCUGGAUCGCAGUCAUCGUGUUUGUCACGCUGAGCGGCUACAUCCCCAUGACCAUCUACCUCACCGAGUGGCGAGGAAAGUACCGGCGGGAGCUCAACCGCCUGGACAACGCCAAGGCGCGCCGCGCUUUGCCCGCUGGCGCCAAGGCCACGGACGCGCUGCUCAACUACGAAACCGUCAAGCUGUUCAACAAUGAGGCGCUGGAGCGGCACAAUUUUGCGGCGGCCAUCGACGCCUACCAAGUGGAGGAUUACAAGCUGUCCGCCAGCAUGAACGUGCUGAAUGUGGCGCAGAGCGUGGUCAUCUAUACCGGCAUGGCAGCAGGCCUGCUGGGCAUCGCCAACGGCUCGCUGACCGUGGGCGACGCGGUGCUGUUCGUGACGCUGAUGCAGCAGCUGUACGGCCCGCUCAACUUCUUUGGCACCUACUACCGCAUGAUCCAGCAGGCCAUGCUCGACAUGGAGAACAUGUUUGAGCUGCUGGGGCAGCACCCGGCGCUGGCAGACAAGCCGGGGGCCACGGCGCUGGUACCGCAGGGCCAGACCAUCGGCUUCCACGACGUCUGCUUCCAGUACAGCGACGGCGCCCCGGUACUGCGCAACGUGUCCUUCACCGUCCCCGGCGGCAGCACCGUGGCCCUGGUGGGCGCCACCGGCAGCGGCAAGUCCACCAUCCUGCGCCUGCUGUUCAGGUUCUACGACCCCCAGAGCGGUGCUGUGGUCAUCGACAGCCAGAACAUCGCUGAUGUGACGCAGGAUUCGCUGCGCUCCAUCAUUGGGGUGGUGCCGCAGGACACGGUACUGUUCAACGACACCAUCCGGUACAACAUCAAGUACGCCAAGCCGCACGCCACGGACGAGGAGGUGGUGGAGGCUGCGGAGGCGGCCUGCAUCCAUGACACCAUAGUCAAUCGCUUCCCGCUGAAGUACGACACGGUGGUGGGGGAGCGCGGCCUGCGCCUCAGCGGCGGCGAGAAGCAGCGGGUGGCCUUUGCGCGGGCCAUCCUCAAGAACCCGCCCAUCCUCAUACUGGACGAAGCCACCUCGGCCCUGGACUCCAUUACCGAGAAGAGGAUCCAGGCCUCGCUGGCGGAGCGGCGCAACGACCGCACCGUACUGAUUGUGGCGCACAGGCUGAGCACCAUCAUGGACGCAGACCUGAUCAUCGUGCUCAAAGAGGGGCAGGUUGCGGAGCAGGGCAAGCAUGCGGAGCUGGUUGAGCGGGGGGGGCUGUAUGCGGAGCUGUGGCAGCGCCAGCAGGAGUCUGCCACCGGCGCCAGCUCAGCGGGGCCCUCCUCCCGCCCCGCCUCCCGCCCCGCCUCCAUGCUGUCGCUGGCGCAGCUGGCGGGCACGGCGGGGGAUGCCACGCCGCCCCUGCCGCCCGGCGCGCAUGACUGAGCAGCCCGCGGCGCGCAGCGCUGCCGGCACUCACCAUUGUUUGGGCACCGAUUUUGCGGCUGCCUCUCCGUACGAUCACAAAUGGUAUGUAGCCACCCGCUGCCCCACCUGUUUUGUCCCUUGUUGGUUUGCCGCACAUCGCUGUCCAUCCCGUCCCAGACUGUCACUCUUCCGCUUC